AUAUCUAUUUACCAAUUAAUGAGUGUAAAUCGUGUCGUUAUAAAAAACCUAUUUUCGUGUCACCACGGGCAAGAAUAAAUGCACAAAUAUAGUAGAAUACACAGUUGAAUGCAGUUAAACCUCUGUGUGUGCGAAAAACCUAUGGACCCACGAACUGAACUCGAAAAUAUAUUGGCAAUCUAAUAUGUAACAUAUGUACAUAUGUACGUACGUGCAUAUAUAUAUGUGUGAAUUUGUCCUUUUUUAUUUAUGUAGCUCGGGGAAAAAUAGAUAUUGAGAGAACAUUUUGAUGUGCAGUAUUCAGCAGAAAAUAUUGACGUUUUCCCUGCCAGCGAACACAGCAAGGACAAGCCAAAUGUAGUGCAAACGUCAGAGGAAUCCAUAAUUGAUUUAAAAACAAUAAAAGUCCUUGAAAAGAAGAAAAACCAUCUGAGCCCUCUGUGGUUGUAGGUGUCCAAUAAGGUUUUUCUGCCUCUCUUGCAAAAGAACUUGAGCGGAAAACAAUCAAAAUCCAAUCGGAAUUACCAGAAGAUGGCUUUUGGCCGUAAGGGAUCAGAUAAUUGCAAACCGAGGAACUUGGCUAUUAUGAAAUACGAUACUGCGCAGUCAGAAGAAUAUUAACUAAAAGCGAACUUCACUACAACUGGUGUCAAAUGCUACAUAUACUCUAGAGAAACGCAAGCAACUCGGAGGAUUCUAGGUAAUUUCGAUACAGCACUUCAAACUGGAUGCCAUGUCGUCUACAUCAUCGAUUGAUACACCAACAACUCCAACGACUCCACCUCAGCAGCAUCAGCAUGAACAAACUACCACGGCUAUUGUAGCUAGUCAACAGCAGAAGCAGCAGCGAAAGUCGCAAAAUGCCAAAGGUUCUUCUUCUAAUGCACAGUCGUCGGCGACGUCACCAUUAGUAACUGAGAAUAGUUUUGUCAUUGCUCAAGCCCAAGCGCUUUUGCCGUCCUCAUCGUCAUCUACCAACUGCACGGACACCAUUGCAGCCGUGCACCAGCAAAGGAAGUCGUACUCGUUGGUGAAGAAGCAACCAUCUUUGCGAUAUCAGGGGAAACAGAUUCAGCUCCUGCCAAACUCACCAACAACAAUGACAUCUUCGGAGCCUGCGGCGGGGCCAUCGUUAGCCAAUGACGCCUCCGCGUCCAUCCUCAGUCCACCAGAUGUUUCAUCGCACUGCUGUAGCAAUAUAAAGGCUAACAUAACUCCAUUAACAUCACAGAAGAUGCACCGAACGAUUCCAUCUGAUAAAAUUAACCUACGCCUAAUUCUCGUUAGUGGUAAAACAAAAGAAUUUAUAUUUAACCCAUCAGAUUCCGCAGGUGAUAUUGCACAAACAGUAUUCGAUAAUUGGCCCGAAGAUUGGACCCGAGAAGCUGUAUCAAAAGCGGACAUCUUGCGUUUGAUUUACCAAGGGCGAUUUCUUCAUUGCAAUGUAACCUUAGGAGCACUGGGACUUCCAUUGGGCAAAACGACUGUUAUGCAUUUAGUGCCACGUGAUAAUUUGCCAGAACCCAAUUCACAAGAUCAAAGACAAAACAGUAAAGGCGGUUCGGGACGAUGCUGUUCAACCAAUUGCUGUAUUUUGUAACUAAAUUACUAUUAUCUACUAGCGUAAUAUUUAAAUAAAUUUAAAAUAAAACCAACUAAAGUUACAUUUUUUGUGCAGUUAAAUGUAUAUUUAAACUAUGAACAUGAAUGUCUCGAUGAACACAAGGCUUCUCGCUUUACCUAAUUAUGUAUAUACAAUAUGUAUUUUAAAUAUGUACACAGACAGGAAUUUAAAGGCGUCAUCGAAAUGCGUAUACUCUAUGUUGUAUUAAAGUUGCUAGACUGCAAAAUUAUACCUUGUAAUAUACAAAAUAUAACUUACGAAUAAAACGCUACAUAUUUUUAGAAAUCAGACUUGAGAAGCUAAUUAGAAAAACAAUAUGUAUUCACGAAUGUAAAAAAAAAUACAAAAAAAAGGAAACAAACAGCAAAACGUAAAAAAUAGAAGGAAAAACUAAUUAACCGCACAAAAGAGAUACUUUUUCCGUUUGCUUUGCUGAUUUCAAGCGUACGUUCAACAGAAUAAUUAAAUCCGGUAAUACUUAUUAUGUACACCAGCCAGAUCGAUUUUCGUUCACACAAUUUAGAUAUUCAAGACCUUAUUUUUUGUACAUACACACAUAUUUAAUUAGACCCUAAGUGUUUUCUUCUGUUAAGUUUUAAAAUAUUCUCUGUAAAGUCUAACUUAAAGCCAAUACUAAAUAAAUAAUCCCAUAUACCCUCAAA